CGCCAUCCCCAGUCCCGUCCUCCGACGCUCUUCGCCUUACUCUUCGCCUCCCUUCGCAGUCGAAGAAGCAAAAAAAGGAAAAAUGGCUGCAGCUCUCGCUCGCUUCUCCCGAAGAGCCCUUCCCUCCUCCUCUCGCCUCCUCCCCCUCCUUCGCCCGCUCUCCUCGGAGGCCGCAUCCCCGGCCGCUGCUGCGGCGCCUUCACCGCCGCCGACGUCGGCGGACCGCGUGAAGUGGGACUACCGGGGCCAGCGGCGGGUUAUCCCUCUUGGACAGUGGGUGCCCAAGAUCGCCGUCGACGCCUACGUCGCCCCCAACGUCGUCCUCGCUGGCCAGGUCACCGUCUACGACGGCGCCUCCGUCUGGAACGGAUCCGUCCUCCGCGGCGACCUCAACAAGAUCACCGUCGGGUUCUGCUCCAACGUCCAGGAGCGCUGCGUCCUCCAUGCUGCCUGGUCCUCCCCCACAGGACUUCCAGCUGAAACAUCCAUUGAGAGGUAUGUAACAAUCGGAGCUUAUAGUCUCCUGCGGUCAUGCACGAUUGAACCAGAGUGUAUCAUUGGACAGCACUCCAUUCUCAUGGAAGGUUCCUUGGUGGAGACCAAUUCAAUUUUAGAAGCUGGAUCUGUGCUUCCACCUGGCCGAAGGAUUCCAACUGGUGAGCUUUGGGCUGGUAAUCCAGCAAGGUUCGUUCGGAAGCUGACCCAUGAAGAAAUCUUAGAGAUUCCAAAGCUUGCUGUUGCCAUAAACGAUCUGAUGCAAAGUCAUUUCUCUGAAUUCCUUCCAUAUUCGACGGUUUAUUUGGAGGUGGAGAAAAUGAAAAAGGCCUUGUCAAUUCCUCUUUGAAGCAUAACCAAUCAAUGGAUGUUGCCUCUGGAGAUAAUAAGCAACCCAGGAUUUGUAACUGAUUUUAUUGCUUAAUACUUGGCCUUUAAUUUGAGCUGGAUGCGCAGUGUAGACCAUAAAUAUGUUUGGAGUGGCUGUGAAGAACAGUGGCAGGAACUGGGACUUUUAUUUCUGUCCUUCCUGCCUGCCAGGUGAGGCAGAACCUCUGCUUUUUUCUUUUUAAGAAGCAUACCUAUUUUCAAUCAGAUAUCCUGAAUGGGACUAUUGGUUGGGAACAAA